AUGCAGCUCCUGGUCGGCAACGAGCCCAGCGACGACGAGCUCAAGUGUUUCUUGACCCUGUCGCUCACUCACACUGCUUUCUCUGUAGGUCCUGCCGACCGCCACGCGUCCACCACUUGCGGCGUGCAGCUGGCAGUAGAGCCAGACGCGGAGCGGAUCUUUUCUGCCAAUGCCGUGUGUCGCUACGUGGCUGAAGCGGCUCAGCAGCUCCAGAGUGACGAUUUGAUUGUGGACGACUGGAUUGAGUGGGAGGCCACUACACUGUCGCCGUGGCUGCGCGCAGUCCAGUCGAGAGACAGUCAGCAGACGAGUGAACAAGUGGCUCUUGAGCUGACGGCGUUGCUCGAGGCAAAAGACGAAGACGCUCCUGGUCAUAAUGGAAAAGGCAGGGAGCUGCACUUUCUCUUUGGCUCGACAUUGUCUCUAGCUGACGUGAUUGUUGGCGUCACGCUGCGCGCUGCUUUCCAGCUGUUGAACAAAGAGGAGCAAAGCAAGACGACAGUGCUCCAAACCUAUCAAGACUACGUCGCUCAGCUCUUUGCUCGUGAAGACGUUGCACAGGGCGUGGCUAGUAUGGAACGAGCUUUGGAGAAAGAGAAAAAGACCAACGGCGGAGCUGCAGACGUGGCUGCUGGUGAGACGGCUUCGAAGGUUAGUGGCGAGACUGCUGCUGUGCCAUCGACGUUCAAGCUAGGGGAGGAGCUUGAGAAAGGUCUGACGUUCCACAACAUCUUGGAUAUCGUCGAGUCGAUCUUUGAUGCGGCUAUCAAGUCGGCGUACCCUGAUCUGGAUGUUCCGCCUGUAGAAGUCACGCGCACGAACGUUAAGAACGCCAAGUUUGGCGAUUACCAGUGCAACUCGGCCAUGGCUAUCUUUGCGGCGCUCAAGGGUACACCGCAUGCUGCACAGUCGCCGCGUGCUGUUGCCAAUGCUAUCAUUGCUGCGAUGCCAGAGACGCGCGUACUGGAUCGUAUCAGUGUUGCGGGCGCGGGCUUCAUCAAUGUCUUUUUGACAAAGGAGUUUGUGGUCCACCGUCUACAGAACGUGCUGGUGAAAGGCGUGCAGCCGGCUCCACAAAAGCAGCAGACAAUCGUCAUUGACUUUUCGUCGCCAAAUAUUGCAAAAGACAUGCAUGUGGGUCACCUGCGGUCCACGAUCAUCGGUGACACCAUGUGCCGCAUUCUCGAAUUUCAGGGCCAUAACGUGAAGCGCAUUAAUCACGUUGGUGACUGGGGCACUCAGUUUGGUAUGUUGAUUUGCCACCUCACGGAAACGUAUCCGAAUUGGGAGACGGAGAUGCCUAACGUGACGGACCUCACGAAGCUGUACAAGGCCGCAAAGGAGCGCUUUGAUGCUGACGCCAAAUUCCAUGAGCGCUCCAAAGCGCAGGUGGUGCUGCUGCAGUCCGGUGACGAAAAGUCUCGCAAGGUCUGGACGACUCUGUGUGACAUCAGCCGUCGUGAAUUUCAGAAAGUGUAUGACCGUCUGGGUGUGUCGCUCACGGAAAUGGGCGAGUCGUUUUAUAACCCGAUCAUUCCGGGCGUUCUGAAUCAAUUGCGCGCCAAGGGUCUCAUGGAGGAGAGUGAUGGUGCCGAGGUGGUGUUUACUAAGAUAUACAAGCAGCCGUUCUUGCUAGUGAAGAGUGAUGGCUCCUACUUGUAUGCUACGACCGAUAUUGCUGCGCUGUGGUACCGUCUUCACGAGAUGAAAGCAGACCGCCUUAUCUACUACACGGACUACACGCAGAAAGACCAUUUCAAUUUGCUAUUCGAAGUCGGUCGUAUGUCGGGUAUUUAUGAUCCAACGAAGCAGCGCGCAGAUCACGUUGGAUUCGGCACGGUGAAUGACGAGUCUGGCAAGCGCUUCAAGACUCGUUCGGGUGAAGUCGUGCGCCUCGUGGAACUGCUAGAUGAAGCGAAGGUCCGCAUGAAGGCACAGCUGAUGGAGCGUAUCGAGGCUGGACAGACGGCGCUGCCUGUGGACCAAGUUGACGCUGCCGCGGAAAAGCUCGGAUACGGUGCCGUCAAGUACUUUGAUCUGCGCCAGAGCCCAACAUCCAACUACAUCUUCAGCUUUGACCGCAUGCUGUCCACGAACGGUGACACGGCUGUGUACCUCAUGUUUGCCUACGCGCGUCUGUCCUCGAUUAUUCGAAAGUCGGGCGUUGACAUGGCUGCACUCGUAGCGCAGCAGCUGAUUGAUGGCAAUGUACUGAAGCCGGAACACCCGACGGAGCAGGCUCUGGUCACGGAGCUGCUCCAGCUCCAGGACGUUAUCGCUUUUAUCAACAAGGACCUGAACUCCAAUCGCCUGUGCAGCUACUUGUACACGAUUUCGGAGAAGGUGCAGACGUUCGUCACGGCGUGCCGUGUGCUAAAUAGUGAAGAGCAGAGCAGCCGGUUGCUGCUGUGCGAUGCCACAGUUAAGACGAUGAAGACGUGCUUCUCUCUACUAGGCAUCGACCCGCUGGACCAGAUCUAA